GCUGUCACAGCCACACGCCCACGGAUUAUAUCACAAAUUGGUAGUCGUCUAAUUCUAUAUUGCAAUUGAUUUGAUGAUUCUUUUGAAUGUCUCCGUCCUGAGGAACUACGAAUUUGCAAUCAAACUCUCUCUCAUAAUAAUAUAUUGCUAGUUUGAUUUGAAAUACCGCUGUCGACGUGUGACUAGUGACGUGUCGGAACAGCAGGAUAUCGAGACGUGGACGGGCAAACAGGGGACAGUCUCCCGGCGGGUUAGGAACGGCAGGGAUUGUGGGUCGUGCGCGCUGGGACCGGCCGUGCACUGCACAGAUAGUAAAAUUGCCGUGUUGACUGUUGUGAAUGUGAUCGUAGCAAAAUGGAUGGAGUAAAAGUAGCUGAAGAAAAACUAAGAGAAUCUGCCAGUAUUGGAGAUCAAGAUGGAAUCGAGGAAUCCUUGUGCCAAGGAGCAGACAUUAAUUCGCAAAAUCAUAUGAAUGGAUGGACUGCUCUUCACUGGGCCACCAAGCGAGGGCAUCCUACCGUCAUAAAGUACCUCUUAGGGCGGGGUGCAGACCCGUCAGUAAGCAACCACAAGGGGGAACUCCCUGUUCAGAUGACAGAUAAUGAUCAGUUGAAGAAGAUGAUUGGAAACAUAACAGGGAAUGGAACUUCUGUUACCGUAGAGAAACAGGCCCUUCCCAUCACACCUAAUUACCUGAAGAACCCUCCUUUUCCACAUGGAAGAUCAAGAGGUCAAAGGUCAAUGGGUAACCAAGGAAACAACAAUGGGCACCCAGCUCUCCAGCAGGUAGCAAGCAGUGAUGAGCUUGUACUGAAAGUCAGAGAAGCAGAAUCGGCAGAGCGUGACUUCAUCGAGGUAGAACUUUCAAAGAGCGCCCUCACCCUUGAGAAUCUGGUUGAACUGCUCUGCGAGGAACUCCAGGUGGAGCCCUCCGAUGUAGUGAAGAUCAGAAAGCUACCCAACACCAUCGUUCGGAAAGACAAGGAUGUGCUGAGGUUACAGGAGUAUCAGGAACUAGAGCUGGUCAUGAAGAAGAAAGCACCCUUUGGAUCUACAUCAUACGCAGUGCCUCUACAGAAUCUACUCUAUUAAAAUAAUUGCAGGAGGAACAGGCUAGAAGUGUCUAGUCGAGUGAAUUAAGCACUUGACUUGAAAUUCAAAGGUCGUGAUUCGAUCCCCGACAUGGCACUAAUGUCCUUUGGCAAGGCAUUAAUUUACAUUUGCCACUUAAUACCCAAUAGAGAAAUGGGGACCUGGUAGGAUGACGAAAGCAUGUGUGUUUAAUUGCCUAUGCCUUCAUGGUGACCAUAUGGUAGGAAUACUCCUCAGGGAGUGGAGAUGGUGCACACUAUGCAUGAAUGAAUCCGUUUACCGGGGUAAUUGUAUCUGUGAAGUGCUUAGAGAUGGUAUUCCAUAUGAAGGGCUAUAUAAAUGCAGAUUAUUAUUCUUAUUAUUAUUGGGCAAUGGAAAUCCUGUCAGUCUUUUGUAUUUCAUAGACUUUCAAAAUGAGUGCCAAAUAUUCUGUUAAUCACAAGGUUAAUGCAUAAUGAUUGCAUUUUCAGAUCAGUGACUGACUAGCAAGCAUUAUUCGAGAAUGAAAAGGGGUCUGGUUGAAUACUUUUAGAUGUAAGCUUUAAUAUGUCACAUUCUCAAGAAAUAUAAAUUCGGGACUAAUCUAUUUUUCACUUACUUUCAAAACUUGGAAAGGGUAUGAAUAAUUUGUUGUCAAUUGUACAUUUGAUUGACUCAGUGACUCAAAGAAGUAAGAAAAUGCUUGUAUCAAUUAAGCAAAGUGAGUUUUUUUUCAUACAGAUGUAAGUGUUACGAUUUGUUUUCCUUUAAAGGGAUCCGGUAACUUUGUCUCAGAUUCUGAAACAAAAUCUGGGAUUUACCUCAUGCUGCUAUGAUGAUUAUAAACCUUUAUGUCAGUCAGGAACUCCAUGACUUUUACAAGCCGAU